AUGGAUCAUCCCGGACACCACCUGCGUGUGGGAACCCCCGAUCCCGCUCCGCUAAUGAGCGAACCUGUGCUUUUCGCGAGCAGCCCCGAGAGACCUUCGCCGGGAGGGCGCUGCAGCAAUGGGGCAGAGGACGGGGAGAGGCGAGCAGUCGGGAUGGGAAGGGGCGGCGUUGAACCCGGGGAAACGCGAAGCGCCUUCGACGCAGAACCGGUGCGAAAGGAGCCGCACGACGUCGUGGAGCGGCGAACCGGUGAGAACGGCUGCUCUCCGGGGAGUGAUGCACCCGGACAGGGAAAUCCGCGCCGAGGGAAGGCGCUGACCCAGGUGGGGGCGGGUGGGCACAGGCAUCCACCCCCUGAAAGGGAGCCGCCGAGGGACACCGCCGGGCGCCGGACCGAGGGACACAGUCACGCGGAGACCGGGGUCGAAGGGGACAGCGUUCAGCGAGUGGCGGCGGCGGCGGCCACGGCCCGUCUCCCGCAGCGGUGUGAGCCACGCGCCGUCAACGGCGUACCGGGCAGUGCGCCUCCCCCCUGCGGGCAGGACCGUGACCAACCCGGGCCACAAGCCAGCGGGCUGCGGGCCCGGCUGGGCUCGGCCGGGCUGCCGGCGCCGGAGAGAGGGAGAGGGGGGGAAGGCGAGGGAGAGGCGGGGGGCGAGUGGCACCCGCCGGGGGCAGGCGAUGAUGCCCGGGGCCCGGCGUGGGGCGAGGCGGGCGGCGUCUCCUUGUCGCACAGCGGCUCCUCCUGCAGCUUCAGCUCGUCCCUCUGCUUCUCGGCUCCGUCGGGAGACGAGAGGGAGCCGUCCGGCUCGGCGGGGGAGAGGGUCGUGAAGAGCCAGAGACAGAUCAACAACAACCACCACCAUCACCACCCAGCAGCAGCACAACAGCGCCCCAGAACAAGGCCCGGAGAGGCGACAGACCCGGAGCCUCCGGCCCGCUGCUGCCGCCGCCGAGGGACGGCGACAACAGACGGAAACGGGGGGCGGGCGAGCGGCCCGGAGCCGGAGGAGGAGCGGGAGGGGCAGGGGUCGUGCUGCUGGCCGGCCCGGCACCAUAUAAACCAGGAGCCGCCGCCGCCGCCACCGCCGCAGUGGCCGUCGGAUCGAGAGCUGCAACUGCAGGAGCCCGACCUGGUGAUCGAGGUGUCGGGCGGCAGCCGGAUCCGCGCUCACAAGCGCGUGCUGGCGGCCGGGAGCGACUUCUUCCGCGCCCGCCUCUCCAGGCAGUUCGUGAGCGUCCGCGGCCUGAGCCACGCCACGCUGCGGGCGCUGGUGGACUACCUGUACACGGGCGGCAUGGCGGUCAGCAAGGACACGCUGCUGGACGUGGUGGCCGGCGCCCGCUUCCUGCAGAUGCCGUGCGCCGCGGCGCAGGCGGUGGAGGACGUCAAGGCGCAGCUGGAGGUCGGGAACUGCCUGGAGCUGCUGAGCCUGGCCAAGCGGCACGGCCUGGCCGAGCUGAGGGACGCCGCCUACAAGUACAUGAGCGACCAUUACCUGCGGGUGCUCAGGGAGCCCGGGGUGUACGGCCGCCUGACCGGCGCCGAGCGGGAGCUCAUCCUGAGGCGGCGCUGGGCCGAGGGCGACGAGUGCCUCCUGCUGGCCGAGGUGGGCGAGGUGUACGAGCGCCUGUCGUUGUUGUCGUCGUCGUCGAGCAGCAGCAGCCGAGAGAGCAGCCGCCCUCAGAGCCCGGCACCCGGCGGCGACGGCGGGGGCGGCGGCGGGGCCUCCUCCUCCUCCGCCGCCUCAUCCCCGGUGCAGAGUGCAGACGACGCCGACGACAAGCGCCGGCUGCACCGCUACGACCCGCAGCGCGACCGUUGGCUGCCGCUGUGCGUCAUCCCCGAGGCGGCGGCGGCGGGGAGCGGCGCGCGCGGCUGCGGCCUGUGCACGAUGUACAACUACCUGUUCGUGGCGGGAGGCCUGUUGCCCGGCAACGAGGGCGCCGGCGCCCGGCCCUCCGACCGCGUCUUCUGCUACAACCCGCUGACGGGCGCCUGGAGCCAGCUGCGGGCCAUGAGGCAGGGCCGCUCGCAGCUCAAGCUGGUGGCGCUGGACGGCUUCCUGUACGCCAUCGGCGGCGAGUGCCUCUUCUCGGUGGAGCGCUACGACCCCAGGAGCGACCGCUGGAGCCCGGUGGCCCCUCUGCCUAGGGGGGCCUUCGCCGUGGCCCACGAGGCGGCGGCCUGCGCCGGGGAGCUGUACGUGUCGGGCGGGUCGCUCUUCUACCGGCUGCUCAAGUACGACCCUCGCCGGGACCGCUGGGAGGAGUGCCCGUGUAACAGCAGCAGGAGGCGCUCGGUCGGCAUGGUGGCCCUGGGCAGCUCCGUCUACCGCUUCGACCUGGGCAGGGAGCCGCCUGGGGGUGGGGGUGGCGGAGGAGGAGGAAUGGCCGUCUUCAGGUAUAACGCGGUGGCCAAGGUGUGGUCCGAAUGCGCCUCGUUGAUGGUCUCUCCAACCAGCUCACGGUCCCUCCAACCUUUCCGCUGUGCGGUCCUGGGCAGAGACAUCUACUGCGUGAACAAGGGCAGCACCUUGCGCUUCACUGUGGGCAAGGGAGAGGGAGAGGCUAAUAAAGGACAGGAGGAUAAGGGCUGCCUUUCCUCCUCCUCCUCCUCCUCUUCCAUCACCUCCUCCUCACAAGCUUUCCACAGCCAGGAGCUCUCAGCUUGCACGGAGGGCAAAGGCCUCCUCUUCCCCUUCGUGCUCACCCUCCCUCCAGAGAAGAACUUGCUCUCGCAGAAAAGCGCCUGAAAAAGAACACAUACUAAGGUGCAACACAACACCCAACAUCAACGACAGACGCAAAAGGAUAUUUCUUUUCUUGGCUCUGCGCGUGUGUGUGUGUUUCGAAUCACCACCAUCAACGACAACAAAAAUUUCAGCACCUAACCAACCUCAAAACACACACAAAAAAAAGAUUUUGCUUUCUUUGGCUCUCCGCGUGUUCUCAAAUCACCACCAACGUCAAAUUACAACACCUUAACCAACCAUCGACCACAAACGCAAAAGAUUUUGCUUUUCUUGGCUCUGUGUAUGUUGUGAACCAACAAAAACAACUUUGGAUCUAAGCUUUCCACUGUGAUGGUAGACUAA